AUGGGAAGCCAUUACUCAUUGCCGCUAGGACGAGACCAUAGAUUCUCCCACUCCGAUGAUUCGGAAGCCGUGAGGAAAGGUGAUUUCUCGAAAUCCACGAAACUACGAUCUGAGGUCUAUGAAAGGCCUUCACCAUCGUCCGGAAAGAAAUCGAAGCGUCCCAACGAAAAGCGUUUUCCGUGUCCUGACUGUGGACGCAUGUUCGCGCGCGCCUUUAAUAUGGAAACACACCGGAAAACUCACAUUGGUUAUCGCCCACAUCAUUGUCCCAGGUGUCAAAAAAGCUUCUCCAGGCGUCACGAUUUGCAUCGUCAUCUAGCUGCCGUUCACGAUGAACGUGGUAAAACCCACCAGAAAAGUAUCAGUGUCCACCCAGACCACCCCGCAGAAGAGCACAAUUCACAGAAAAUGUCGCAAUUCUGCUGA